AAGACAGCCACAGUCGUUAAAACAGAUCGCUCAGAACAUGGGACGCUUCAUAUGGGAGCUCUCCAUGUGAUUCAGUGAGUGCCUUUAUUAGCGGCAGCUGCAGUUCCCCUCACAGACACUCACACUGCCUUUCUAAGCACGAGAAACAAGGACGUCCUUCUUUUGCCUGGAAACCAGAGAUGUUAGGAACGAGCAGUUAAAGCCUCGCUGUAUCAUCGCUGCACAACUUUCAUUUUCUCAGGAGUUAAUCAGCCUCUCGAGACAUUUGAAAUCGCCGUUCAGAUCUGGCAACAAGGGACUACUUGAAAAGCUUAACCUGAAUGUAAUAUUUCGUUGAAGAAGGCAGGAAUAAAAAGCCAUCAUCAUGAAUUUUGUUAUGAAGCAAGCGUUGGGAGGGGCGACCAAAGACAUGGGGAAAAUGCUGGGGGGCGAGGAGGAGAAGGACCCUGAUGCCGAGAGAAAGGAGGAAGAAAGACAGGAAGCCCUCAGGCAACAAGAGGAGGAGAGGAAAGCAAAGUAUGCAAAAAUGGAAGCGGAGAGGGAAUCGCUUCGACAGGGCAUCAGGGACAAGUACGGUAUAAAGAAGAAGGAAGAGAAGGAGGCAGAAGCACAGGCAGCCAUGGAGCAGGCAUCAGAAGGCAGUCUGACCCGCCCCAAGAAAGCCAUCCCCGCCGGCUGCGGUGACGAAGAAGAGGAGGAGGAAAGCAUCGUGGACACCGUCAUGAAGUUUCUCCCAGGCCCGCUUCAAGAUAUGUUCAAUAAAAAGUAACAGUGUUAUGACAAGUAGUGAUAAAACAUGAAUCAUUAAUGUCAUGAAAUCCACCUUCUCUUUCCCCGUUCCUUCUCUUGCAUUUGUUCUAAGAUCUCUGGACUCAAAACGUGUGCCAUAACAUCUGUCUUUAACUGCGAUACAUAUGUGACAUUUUCUGAUUAAAAGAAUGAGAAAAAUACAAUGUGUGCACUAGAAAUGUUACAUUGCAUAUAUCUGUCUCUGUUUAAAGACAAAUUUAAUGCCCCCUGAGUCCAGACCUUAGAGCAAGAAUAUUCCCCAUGCUUCAUUAAUUUUAUUUGUAAAUAGCAAAUAAGAAAAAUAACUAUAUGACUACAGAUGACUAUGAGUAAAAGCCAUAAAUUUAUCUUGGAGAGGUUUCUCCAGUCAUAUCAUAUUUUUGAUUGUUGCUCUGUUAUAGAUAUUACUGAGAAUCCCAUGUGGUAUACUUACAGAUAUAUAUAUACUGUAUACAGAUUCAUAUAUCAUUCAUACUUCAGACUAGUAUAGUUCCUACUGCCUUCAUGAAUUGUCACAUCAUAUCUGAUUAAUAUGACUGAAAACUGUAAUAUGAAAGAGAAUGUAGGAUAUCACACAAGAUCUGGUUGUUUUGCUGGAUGUUUUCCUUUAAGCAUGCACACAAUUUUUCUUUGUUUUGUUUUUUUGUACACUGUAUCCCAUUUCAUUUGGCAUUUUUAGAUAAAAUACACUGAAAUUUAAGGCAAUAACUGGUUUUGCAUUUUGUUGUCUGACAGACACCAGUGAUGGCAUGUUGCUCACAUCUCUGUAGAAGAUCUUCCUUUAGAGAACACAAAACCACACAGUACAUCCCUCAUUAUAUUGUCAAGCACAUCACACUCUAGUAAACUUUUUUUUUUUGAUAGAUUAAAACGAAAUCACAUGUGUUUGCUAGCCACCGUGAGUGAAACUUUAGCUCUUAGUGCUCAUAUUGAAUUGAUUUAUUUGUGCUUUUUACAGUAAUUAAGAAUGUGAGGGUUGACAUAGAUCACAUACAAACUACAAUUGGAUCAAUAGGGCUAUAUGCAUAUAAAUAAAUAUAUAAUCUCCUCAUCUUCACUGCUGUACAGUAGAAUCUAAAUCUCAGUGUCUACAUUUAUUUACAUUAGCUCUCACAAUGUGGUUGUGAGCACACAUGACAAAAAACAGACAGUGACAAUGGUGCAAUAUUUGUUUCUGAAUGAAGAUGUCCUGUGUCCGUUGGUUGUGUAGGGGACUCUGCUCCCAAAUCAAGCAAUAACAGACAAUCUUCAUGAUUAUGUAUUCAGCUUAUUUGAGAAUGUUUGUGUGCAAAUGCUGUGUCGUCUUCCUAGUAUCAGUCAAAUGAGCUUAGUGAAAGUAAACAGGAGAAGAAAGUUGCGUGAUUACUACUUUUUAGGAUCUUUAAAUGCAGCCUGGCUCUUAUUUAAAGAGAGACAAAAGGAUCUGACUUGUGUUUUUAUGCUUACUUGUUGCUAGUUUAUGUUUGACAUUAUUUCUUGUUGUUGUAACUGCAUUGAGAAGCGGGACUGAAAUCCUCAAUAAUGAGAAAAUCAGAUUUGAAAGAUGCGAAGUCAGAUUGUAUUAUCCAUUCUCUCUUUUUUUAAUAAGAAAAAAAAAGAUAAACUAGGCUGUGGUUUGAUAGAGUAUGCUGGUAUUCUCAGUAGAUUACGUCCACAAUUAUUGUACAUAACAAUGCGUUUAGGAAAACCUGUUAGUCGAAGAUCAUUGUGUAUGUCUAUACCGAGGCAAAUUUAAAAUUCAGAAAAAUAGUAGGAAUCAGGCUGACAUUUUGUUGUUUUGAACAUUCCAAAUAUUCCAGACAUUCCAGUCGAUCCACACUGGCUUGUGUGCAUAUAAAUAAUAAUGAAAAAAAAAAUGUAUUCAGUGUUUCUAGACAGCAUAUAAACCAUGGUUUUAAAAGUAGAACCCAGUUUAGUUCAUAGUGUCGAUUUAUAUGUCAUAUCGUUCGGUCCUGCCAUGUACUACAAGAAACUUAAUUUAAAACAAGAAACAAGAAAGUUAAUUAAAAUAUAUUAAUGUUUAUGAUAUGGAUGUGCUUGCAGAUUAGAAUGGUGUCCUUCAACAGCUAAACAAACUAGCCAGUUGCUAAGAUGCUACAUUUCAUAGUAGUGGUCAAUCAUCCUGAAUGUUGUCUAAUUUUACUGCCACUUGUAUUUAAGGCCUUUGCUCACUAGAAGUGACGACGUGAGCUGUAACACUUUCAGAAAGUGAGAUGAGAUUCAGCUUAAAACAUUAGCAUAACAUAAAGUCGCAAAUGAAAUAUGUGCAACCUUUCACGCAAAUGACUUAAAAUCUUGCGUUUCUGCCAUUCAGUGUGUACUUUACAAUCAACAGAGGCCGUUUUUGGGCACAAAUUUUGCAGUUCCAUGAUUUUUCUACAUGACUAUCAACUGUCUUUGAUUCUGCCGCUCUCAUAGCAUGAUCUGUGUGACGUGGUGAAUUUCCAACAGCUGCACUGAUAAAGUAAAUACUGCCCGAAACACAUCUCCCGUCCUAUCAUCACCUGUUUUAUUAAACCAAAGAGUGUUCCUGUUUGUGAGAACCAUUAUACUAUUAUUUCAAAUUUUUAAUGUUGUUCUUUUCCAUUAGUGUUUAAAGUAGUGUGAUAUGUGAUUACCAUCUCAGCUCUCUGGGAUUUGGGUUUUGUGAUUGUCCUUAACAGAUUCCUAAAACAAACAGAGAAAUGAUCACACAAUUAAAUUUUAAGUCUAAAAACAAUCAAUGACAAAAUGUUCACCCAUUCCCUAAAAUAUUUUCUAUCCAAUACUGCAUAAGAGUAAACGAGAAAAAUAUUGCGUAGUCAUCAUCAUGUUGUCUAAAUGUAAAUCAUACAUUCACUCAAAGUCAUUCCGUGUCUCUCAGAUGCUAAUGAAGAUACUGCCUAACACAGUAAUGUUAUGAAAUAUUCCAUUGUUGUUAUCUGAAUGUACUUGUCUACUGUUUUACUGCAUCGUCCUACACGGUUUCCUCUAUGUUAAAAACAAUGAAUUAUCUUGGUGUGUUUUUCUGUCUGUAAUCUGUUCUUGUUCCUGUCUCUUGGUGGUUGUAUUUUGGGAAAAUUAUGUUUCUUAUUUGGUGCAUUUUUUUAAGUCAUUGUAGAUUUUUCUCCCUCUCUCUUUGUUGAUGAAUUGUAUGCAUGCAUAUGAUGUCCACUCUAGGUGAGGUUGUAAAUGA